GUUGAUAAUAACACGGGUGGGCUGGAGGGGGCGUCGGUGGACUGUCAGCGGUGAUUCUGAAGUAUGUAGACGGGCGUUACUGAAGUUGAGCAAUGAUUCAUCACGCAGGUUUAAACGGUAGAACAUCUGCGUCAGUGUAGCAGAACCGGAGCUCCACAGGUGCGACGAGAGAGAGAGAGAAACACGUUAGCUACGUUAGCUUAGCAGCGCUAGCAUCAGGAAGAAGGGUCACCGCCUGCACCCGGAGACGAGCAGAGAGAGCCCGUCCACGGAUCAUGGCUGCCCUCGGUAACUCCGGGGCCGCGUCCAGUCCCAUGGUGGUUUUGGCUCCGAAGACCAAAACAAAGAAGAAACAUUUCGUGCAGCAGAAGGUGAAGGUGUUUCGAGCCAGCGACCCCGUCCUGAGCGUCUUCAUGUGGGGCGUCAAUCACUCGAUCAAUGAUCUCAACCAGGUGCCUGUUCCUGUCAUGCUGCUGCCUGACGACUUUAAAGCCAACACCAAGAUCAAAGUCAACAACCACCUCUUUAACAAAGAAAAUCUUCCAGGACAUUUCAAGUUUAAAGAAUACUGUCCUCAGGUCUUCCGAAACCUAAGGGAACGUUUUGGUAUUGAGGAUCUGGACUAUCAGGUUUCGUUGACACAGCCCCCGAUGAGGAGCGUAGAGGACCAGGGAGAAGGUCUGCUCCUCAACUCCUACGACCGAACGCUGGUCAUCAAGCAAAUCUCCAGCGAGGAUGUUGCAGACAUGCACAGCAUCCUGUCUGAGUAUCACCAGCACAUAGUGAAGUGUCAUGGCAGCACCCUGCUGCCUCAGUUCCUGGGUAUGUACCGUGUGAGCGUGGACAGCGAGGAGACCUACCUGAUCGUCAUGAGGAACAUGUUCAGCCACAGACUGGUUGUACACAGGAAGUACGACCUGAAGGGCUCUCUGGUGGCUCGUGAAGCAAGUGACAAAGAAAGGGGAAAAGAACUCCCUACCUUUAAGGACAUGGACUUCAGGAACAACAUGCAGAGGGUGUAUGUGACGGAUGAGCAGAAGGAGAAGUUCAUGGAGAAACUCAACAAAGAUGUGGAGUUUCUGGUGAGGCUGAAGAUCAUGGACUACAGCCUGCUGCUCGGUAUCCACGACGUGGGUCGAGCUGAACGGGAUGAGGAGGAGGGCGAGGAGGUUUCUAACGAGGAAGAACCAGAGGCGGAGAACGGGCUGGCAGCGGGCGCCACGGCGGGCUCGUAUGGCACCUCUCCAGAGGGAAUCGCUGGUUACAUGUCCUCCUGCAAACCUCUGGGGCCCGGGGAGUUCGACCCCUAUGUGGAUGUGUACGCCUUCGGUAGCUGCACAGGAGCGCCUCAGAGGGAGGUUUACUUCAUGGGCCUGAUUGACGUACUUACUCAGUACGACACCAAGAAGAAAGCCGCUCAUGCAGCAAAAACUGUCAAACACGGGGCCGGUGCCGAGAUCUCCACAGUCCACCCCGAGCAGUACGCCAAACGAUUUCGCGACUUCAUCUUUAACAUCUUUGCGUAACACUAGGCAAUGAGCGCUGCCAUAAGUCGCUUCAACUGAGAGCUAUUUUUACCUUUGACCAAAAAUAGUAUGCACACACUAAGAUCAUUGUUUAAAUGUGGUGAUCUGAGAUGAGACUCCUCUCAUUGUAGCAACAUAAUGUACUACUUCUGACGCAUUUAUUUAUUUUUAAGAUGUAAGAUGCAUUUCUUAUAGAUAUUAAGCACUCUUUAUAGGAUUUAACUCUGGAGCAUUAGUAUACAUGGAAACAAACUGCUGUUGAUCAGUGUUAGACCACAUCAGUGCAAGAUCAAAUACUAGUUUUCUUUUCUGUCUUCUUAUUUCCCAGACAUGAACUAAACGUACAUUUCCGGAAGUGUGCUUAUUUACUUUCUUGCAAAAGUUAAUUGGGUAGAUUAAUAUCACUCUCCUGUGUGUCAAAGGUCCCUGUGGAGUUUUUAACCUCUCGUAGAGUUAUAGAGUCAUUUAUUUGAGCGAGUCCCUGUUUUGUUUCUCGUGCAUGUGGACGCAUGCACACAAUCCGCUGUCCUGCCAACGGUGUCCCACUAUUCCACUGAUCUGCAAGUGGUGGUAACACGCAAAGCGGUGAAGAAGAAGAAAUAGACUGCUAGUCAGUGAACGUGGAUGUAAACAAUGCUGGCUUUAAAAUCUCAGCUUUGAAAGUGUUUUAUGAGGAAGGAAAUGUAUUCAACAUGCGUAUUAGACCUCAAGGAUACAACCAUUAUGUUGUCAAUGAAUGUAAACACUUAUUUUGUUAAGGUCUGGGCAAUAUAUCGAUGAUCUAUUGGGAUAGGAGACCAGAUAUUUUCUUAGAUUUUGGAUCUGGAAAUUUGGCAUAAAUGUCGGUUUUAACGGCUGCAUUACAGGGAAGUGAUGUAAAUUUCUGAACCUACCAGACACUUAUAUUCACAUUACUGAUGAUUAUAUGUCCAAAAUGUAAUUGUGUAAAUAUUUUGUAAAAGCACCAGUGGUCAACCUUACAAUAUCUUCAAGAUAUUGAUAUCGAGGUAUUUGGACAGAAAUAUUGAGAUGUUUGAUUUUCUCCAUAUUGCCCAGUCCUACUUUUGUUUGUUUACAAGAAAACUCCACAAGGGACCUUUUUAACCGUGAAGCUAUAGGAGGACCAGGAGACAGUUAGCUUAGCAUAAAGACUAGGAUUUGGGUAAACAGCUAGCCUGGCUCUGUCCAGAGGUAACCAAAUGAGGUUUAUGAGAUAUUAUGUACACGUUUUUAUACAGCUUAAACAAAUGUGCUAAAACAUUUUAAUCAGUGAUCUUUAGAGGAGCUUUUUGGCAGAUUUAGUUAUCGUAACAGAGCCAGCCUAGCUGUUUCCCCCUUGUUUCCACCCUUCCUGCUAAGCUAAGUAGGCGCUGGCUGUAGCCUUGUAUUGGUAACAAUCCUCAUCUCUCUGUAAGAAAGCAAAUAAACGUAGCUCCCAAAACUUUAAACUAUUCCUUACAUCCUAGAAUAAUCUUUAAAUGGAAAUAGGUAUUAAAACAAUAAUGGUAGUUUAGACUCUACACUUUAGAAAUAAUAUUAUUUAUCUAUUGAAGCAGGCCAUUUGAAUGUUUAGAGUGCCAAAUGUGUGGGAUCAAAGCUUUAUUGUUGCAGGAUUUGUGUUUUGCACACAAUUUAAUCCAACUCUGUUGGGACAGUUAAAUGAAAUUUGAACAGAUCAGAUAUGAUUUCCCACCAAAGUCUACUAAAUUUGAAGAAAAUGUAAAGAACAGCCUCGUCAAUUGGAAUGGUAAAUGUGUGUAAAUUCAAUGGAAAGCACAUCAAAUAAUUCAGCCUGUAAACAAGUCCGGCAUCUCUCAGCUACCGGAGCCUGUAAAGAGAACGAGGGGUGGCUGACCUCGGAGCGUUUCCUCUUACUCACAGAGCUGGGUCUGCGUUAAUGAAGUGACAUGUCCAAAUUUUAGGCUUUUUAAUGAAAUACCUUCAUGUGUAAGUCAAUAUCGCAAUACUUCCUGAGAAUGAGCCCAUCCAUCAUCAUUCUGGAUGUAGUGUUCUGUGCAUUAAAAUGGCAAAUGUGUUAUGUGAAUCAUUGUGAUAGGAUAAGAUUUAGACAAAUCUAGCAAUAGGAACUACUGUCUGUGUAUUGUAAUGACAUUUGAGAUUUAGUGAUAAGCGGGAUACAUUGUUGUCAAUAACACUACAUUUCAGGAGCUUCUGCAGUUAGGCUAAACACAGUGACAUGUCGAGCAUUCCUUUAACACUAGCGAUGCAGUGUAGCUACAGGUCACUCUGUAUGAUGCCUCAUCUACUCGGUGAUUGCACAUGUUGUAUUUUUGCAAAUCAGCUUUUGGACCAAAAUAUAUUUUACAAAGAAUUUC